AGCACGCUGAUGGUCUGUAGCGGCGGACGCGCCGCGGGACCCGAGCAGCGACGCCUCGCCCUCCCCGCCCCCCGGUGAUCAGCUGAUCGCGGUGCUCGAGUGCCUGUUCGUGGACGCGAUGUUCGCCCGGACUUCCCCGCGGUGGGCGGGAGCUCGGUACGCCCCGGAGGUGCAGUGGUGAUAGCAAGUAGUAUAGUGCGACGCGCAGUGCGACGACGACCCCCCGGCGCCCGCCAUGCCCCCCCUGGCCGAGGCCGGCGCUGAGCCGCGGUCGCUGUUACGGAUACUCUUCGGCGGCCAGCGUGACCACCACCGAGGCGCGCCGGGCCGGCCCCGGGCGCGGCGGCGCCUGGUGCGCGAGGUGGUCGGCAGCGACGGCGACGCCGGCGAGUGGCAGCAAGGGUCCUGCAGGAAGAGCGCCUGCGGCGAGGAGGCGGCCUGCAUCCCCAACAAGGACCGGAGCCGCGCCAUGCACAAGUGCGUGUGCCCGCACGACCUGUCGCCGCCCGACCACAGCAUGCGCUGCACCAGGCAGACGGUUGCAGUGGCCGACCUGGCGCCGGUCGGACCCAUCCACCUGCACAUCGCGCCCCCGGCCCAGGGCGGCGCGGCGCCGAGCCCCAUGCCGCCGUCCAUGACCACGAGGGACCCCUCCGUCGGACCCAUCAAGGCCAGGGGCGUGGGCAUGCACUGGGGGAUCGGCGUCGGGGUGUUCUGCGCCGCCGUCAUCGUGGCCCUGGCCGUGCUGUGGUACUCGCGCCAGCGGUCCGUGCGCAGCCGCAAGAGCCAGACGCCGCGCAGCCUCAGCAAGGGCCCCCUCGGCUCGGAGAUGUUCCUGCCCAACCCGCAGUACGCCCUGGGCAUGGCCGGCCUGGGCGGCGACCCGCUGCGCGCGCAGCAGGGCGGCCCCACCGUCACGCUCAUCGACCAGCGCGCGCUCAGCUUGCAGGAGAGCAUCGGCGAGGGCUGCUUCGGCAAGGUGUACAGAGGUGAGCUGCGGGUCGCGGAUGGCAUCGCGCAGACCGUGGCCGUCAAAGUGCUCAAGGAGUCGGCGACGACCGAAGCCGAGGAGGACUUCAUGAGGGAGGUGGAGGUGAUGAGCGCCUUCCAGCACCCGCACAUCCUGCGGCUCAUCGGAGUGGUGCCAAGGGAGCUCGAGUCCGCGCCGUGCAUGGUGUUCGAGUUCAUGCCGUUCGGGGACCUGACCGAGGUGCUGCGGUGCUCGAGCAAGAGCCCCUGGGCGGCGCCGCGGCCUGGGCUGCCCCCGCUCACGCCGGACGCGCUGCUCCACAUCGCGCUGCAGAUCGCCCUCGGCAUGCGCUACCUGGCCGCGCAGCGCUUCGUGCACCGGGACCUGGCCUGCAGGAACUGCCUAGUCGGCCACAACCUCGCCGUCAAGAUCGCGGACUUCGGCAUGAGCAGGGACGUCUACACGUGCGACUACUACAAGAUGGGUGGCUCUCGGGCGCUCCCCGUCCGCUGGAUGUCACCCGAGGCACUCCUCUACGGCCGGUUCACCCUCGAGUCGGACGUGUGGAGCUUUGGCGUGGUGCUGUGGGAGGUCUUCACCCGCGGCAAGCUCCCUUACUACGGCCACACCAACGACGAGGCACUCAAGCUGGUCCUGCAAGGCGUGCUGCUGCAGCUGCCGGACAGCUCCGAAUGCCCGCUGACUGUCAUCGACCUGAUGCGCUGCUGUUGGAAGACAGAGCCACGGGAUCGCCUCCGCUUCCCCGAGAUCUGCGCUCGCCUGGAGGAGGCUCUCGAGGAGGCCAUCAAGGGCAUUCCUCUGCUAGAGAAGCACGACGUCGACGAUGACGACGGUGACAUCGGCCUCCCUAGACCGCCCGGCUUCGUCCCCUCGGACCUGCCGCCUCUCAGCGUGUGGUACGGUGCUACGGCCCCCGACACGGACCUGGAGGACAUGGACGUACACGGCGCGCGGCGGGGAACGCCCGGGCCCGAGGAGCAGCUCCUGGACCCAGACAACUACCUCCUGCCGCGCGCCCCGGACCCCAACCGAGUACCGUACCUGGAGCCUAUCGCAGACUGAGCGCCCGCAUAGCAGUCUUGUUACCUAGUCAAAGGCGAAGCACCCAGAAAUUCGUUUCCUUCAGUGUAUCUCCAAACGCAAUGAAAGUACUACCUCUUGUGGAAGUGUCAGGCUAAUGGCAAUAAGAAAACAGUAAUACCCUUCCAACGGCAAUGAGUCGGUCAUGGCCAUUCCAAAGGCAGUAUUCAUUGACAAUUUUGGCAAUGAACUUUCAUUGCCGACAGUGCGGCAGGGUUCGAAUUGCAAAUAAGUUUAAGGGAAACAUACUUUUUUUGCGACCAUGGCCAAAAUUGGCAAUGGAUACUGCCUACUGCCUUUGGAAUGGCAAUGACCGACUCAUUGCCAAUGGUGAGGUAUUACUUUUGUCUCAUUGCCUGUGCGCCGUUCAUUGACAAAAAAGUUAGUACUGCUCUUAGCCAAAAAAUGGCAAUGAUCAAUAAUACGUUUAAAAAACAGUGUUGAUGCAAGGCAAAACUGCCUUGCGUUCCAGAAAUCGACCUGGCAUUAACACGUUGAGUCCCAGGGGGGUAUCAAUCACGUGUGACCAUAAGUGUGGUCACGUGGGAAUCAACGUGUUUAAGAAAUUGCCUAAACUCAAGGAAAAUUCUUUCCUUUAUGUAUAUUAUUACUCUGAAACAAUGGAAUUUCUUUGAACCAAGGAACAAAUUUCCUGACGUUAUUUUAAAGAACAGUUUUCUGGGUGGAGAACGCAGUCGUUGUGUGCACGGCUCAGAGCAAAUAUAUUGCUCUGAAAAACUAAACUACGAAAAGGGUUGGAAUCUCAAAUGCAGUCAUGAAUGGGAAGGGAGGGGGAGGGUGGAUCACACGCCAUCAUGGAUGGUUCUGUCCCAUAACUAUUUAUUGUUCUAAGAGAGUUGACACUUAUAGUUCGUAAGCCUUGUACAUAAAUUGUAAAUAGUGACAAAUGACCAUGUAUAAAAUAAUGCCCUCCAAAAUCUUUGUAAGACUUAAAAAAAGUACCUGAUAUGUUAGUGAACAUCUAGUGCGUCUACAUUUUCAACUUCUGCAAAUCAUAAGGGUGGGUUCAGAGAACACGAAACGCAAGCGCCAUUUCACGCGCCGUGGGCUUCACGCAGCAAUGAGGGACCGACUUGACUCUCGUCACGCCGGGCGCCAGGCGUGAACAUCACGCUCGGCAUGAUAAUCGAGCUCGCGUUUUGGGAACUCUGAAUGCCCCUUUAUAUAGUUCUAUCACAGUUUACCAGACAGCUCUUCUAUAAAAAACAAAUUAAUUGAAAAGUAUAACACAGUAAACAUUAUCAACUUCUUUGAGAAUGAUCGACUCCGGAUCGACUACUGGUUUUGUGCAUUUAUCACAAGCUGCGCAGGAAUUAAAUUAGUACAAUUUUUAGAAUACAUUUCCUGUGGUGUAUUUUCAUGGUAGUAUGACGAGAAAGUCUGCCAGAUGACUGAUUUGUAAUUGGCAAUAAUAAAGUUACCCACUACAUAA